AUGGCCUCCGCCGGAGAAGCCAUCUAUAUGACACCCUACUCGCCCUACCCUUCUCACCACCAGCAGGAUUCGGAUCUGAACAUGAACAGCUCCUGCUGCCGUUUCCUCUCAGCUUCCCCAAGUCACCAGUCACUUCGACGCCAGCGAUCCUCGUCUAUCCCUUCUAUUUGCUUUGACGGAUAUCUCGAGCACCUCCCCGUCGAGCCAAAGAAGAAACGCGAGUGCUCCAAUUACUACAACAAUCACCCCCGUCGCCAUUCUCGCGGCCCACGACGCACAAUGAGGUACUCUCGAGACAGUCAACUCGUUAAUCCUGACGUCAUCGACCGCUUGGACAGUGCUGGCUUUUAUCAGUAUCAUCAUGAAGGACCAUACGAUGCAGUAUACCCGGAGAGGAAUUUCGACAGCAAGCUGAGCCCCAUCGAAGCCGUCAAACGAACGAAUCAGGAAGCUUUGAAGGCCACCCCAGAGAAUAAGAUUAAAGACAGCAUUAACAGUCAUCGUCCUCUUGAUGGGGUAGCUUUCUAUCCACCUGGUACUACGGAUAGGGAAGGACAAACUUACGACUACGAGGAGGGUACCAAUAUGAUGAACGACUAUGGUAACUUUAUGCGCUGCCCCGGCUUGAAAUUCACCGAAGAGGACUUCAAGAAUGAUCCUUUCUACAACACGCCACAUCCAAAGCCAUUCGCCUCCCUCAGAAGGGUACUGAGCCUGCGUCGCCGAAACCGCAGGAGUACCCAGUGA